AUGACGAGCGAGAAGAUGACUUUUAUUAGAUAUAUUAUCCUCGUAUUCUCAAUUCUUCUAAGCACGUCUAUCUACAGUAGUCAACAAGCCCUCAGCUUUACGGUAAUUUGUAUGCAGGAUGUAGUAACAUCUCAAACAACAAAUGGCACAGAAAACAGUCACUGGUUGAACGAUCCAAAGAGGAAAAAUGUCCUUUUCUCGGUUGUUGCAGUGGGACAACUCAUCGGAACUAUUCCUAUCGUUCCUGUUAUGCAAAAAAUUGGACUAAGAUACACGUACACCUUCUAUGGUCUUGUUGCUGCAUUUGCAACUCUUUCCAUUCCGUUAGCAGUUGAACUUGGUCACUUUUUUGUUGCACUUGCCAGAGUACUGCAGGGUUUCGCUAUGGCGGUGGCUUUCGUUACUGUAGGAUCAAUAACGUCCCACUGGUCUGUGCUUCGCGAAUCUGGGACAUAUAUCGCCAUUUUGUCAUGCAGCCCACAGCUUUCUUCUGUUAUAUCUAUGCCGCUUGCCAGCGCAUUCUGCGAAUCUGCACUUGGUUGGAGAUACCUCUAUUAUACUCUUGGUGCAGCUGGAGUGCUCUUUUCGACAACAUUUUUUCUAUUCUAUGAAGAUAACCCAAAAAACCACAGGAUGGUAAGCCCAAAAGAGUUAUCCGCAAUCACUUUUGGUAAAGAAGAACAAACUAAAAAGGAGAAAGUUCCUUACAAAAAGAUGUGCACCGAUCGGUGUAUGCAAGCCGUGCUCCUGACAGCAUUCAGUGGAAACACCGCUUUCUUCGUUUUCCUGCAAUUUGGCCCUACUUAUAUGAAUAUGGCGCUCGGUUUUGACAUCACUGAGACAGGUUACGCCACAGCAUUUCCAUACGUCUUAUGCGUACUGAUGAAGGUCAUAGCUGGUCCAUUAUUUGACAUUUCAACAUUUAUACCUGAAAAAUAUCGAAUGAUUAUGUUUGCAUCAAUCUCGCAGGGCGCCAUGGCAGUCUGCUUCUGCGUUUUGUCUCAGACAGAAAGUAAGUUGAUGGCUCAAGCUGCGUACAGUGGUGCAGUCGCUUUCAGCGGUUUAAACGCCGUUGGCUCUAUCAAAUGUGCUCAAGUGGUCGCCAGACAACAUGUGCACUUUGUUAUGGUGUGCAUCACAAUUACAGGAUGCUUUAUUUCCUUCAUACUACCAGGGAUUGUUGCAAUUUUAUGUCCUCAUAACACUGUGGAUGAGUGGUCACGUCUAUUUCUUGGCAUCAGUGUCUUCGUCGUUCUCGUCAACAUACCAUUUCUGUUCUUAGCCAGUAGUGAACCAGCACCGUGGACUAAGUCGACGCCGAGCUAUAAACUUAAUAUGGAACAAGGCUUCAAAUCAACAGCUAAAGCUGACAAAUCAUCUUCGCUGCCAACAUUAAUGCCCAAAAUUUGA